AUGGACCAUAAGGACGCCGAAGAGCAGCUCAUCGAGACCAUCGAAGGGACUCCGGGCUAUAAUUUUGAUUAUGGACCUUUACCUCGAGACACCUUCAGAAGCAAACUAUCGUGGGAUUUGAAAGUCAGAAAAUGGUCUUACGCAUCUCUUUUUUUAACAAUAUUAGCAGCUUAUUGGUUUUUUAAGCUUAUGUUUUCGAUAAAUCUAGGCCUUGGAAUUGGGAUGACUGGUGUUAGUCCUAUUUUCGGUUUGGUGCCCUUUUUUUUCCAGGCGUCAUAUAACAUGGGAUGGAACGACAAAAGUGCGCGUACCUACUUGGUUGAAAUACUCAAUGCAAACCCAGGCGAUGAUUUGAAUAAGUGGGAUUUGAUCGCGGCCAAAAUGAAUACUAUCCUGUACGAAAACGACGAAAAUGCGUCGAGGUAUUUUUUCUACGACGGUCGGCAAUGCCUUGGGCGAUUCACUGAGAAGUACGUCUCGCCUCAUUUGAAGAAUGAGAAAGAGCAUUCUCCCAGUCUAGAGCCCUUCAUCAAAGCUGCUGUAGAGCAGUACAUGGAAAAUUUCAAUGAGCAAUUACGUCAAAUGACGUUGGGCAGUUCUACAGGUCAAAGAGAAACUGCCAAUCGAGAUGAUGUGGACCACGAUACUGCAGCUAAUUGA